AUGAACGACGCAAAAGAAGAAAGACUCUGGGAGCUCCUGGGAAUUUACCACAGCCGCGUCCGUGACUCCAUAAUUCUCUCUCUUUUCAAAGUGAUGGAGGAAACAAAGUUGUUGACUAUGCGCAUCAAUCGGCGCGGGGUUCGAGAAAUCCUGCAGCCAGGCAUACUCCUCCACAAACAACAAAUGCCUUCUCAAGUUCAAGCCCUCAUGCUUCGAGAUCCCAAGGAAUGCCUUGAUUCUCUUUCCAGGAUUGCCCAGCUUUGCAAGAGAAGCACGUUCCGGGUCUGGAAGUACUACAAGGAUAUGGCGACCCGCAUGCUUCACCAGGAGAAGAUCAUCUUCGUCGCCCCGGAUGGCGGAAGAUCAAAACACAUUCCUCUCUCCUACUUCGUGACGAAUAAGCGUGCCCUCUACCGUGACGGUACCGUUGAUGAGAGACAUUUAAGUUAUGAGCUGUUCGUGGAUAAGUUGGUGCAAUUCUGCGGCUACGAUCCCUCUACCCACGACCUCAGUCUCUGGCACGUGGAGCCUGGAUCUCAAUCACGACCACAGGAGGCCAAUGAUGUUACCGAUCCCGAUCGUUGGAUAUCAGCUAUGAUCGAAGAGCAGAAUAUGCUGCAAAGCUCAAAGACACCGCUGGUGUUCUAUGUUGCCGAGCUGGACCGUACGUCUACACCCACCCUUCUACAAGAGCUGUCAAACUAA